AUGGCCUCGCCUGCCGAUGCCGUCGCUGUCCCACAGCUCAACGGCCUUGCAGACCCCGAUCCUCAGUCGCAACCCCAAUCCGACCCAUCCCAAUCCGCGGAUCCAUCUGCGAAGCGGAAGCGCGAGGCCAGCGACGAUGGCUCUGCCGAGCUAACAAGCAUCAACGGCAAUGCCAACGCCGACACCCACGACAACGACGACCACGCAGACCAAGCCAGCGACCACGAAGACGACGAUGCCAAACAGGCCAAGCCUAUCGUCAACGGCGAGCGCCCUCUGCGCGACGAAUCCACCCUGAUUCGCGAUUAUUUCAGUGUCCUACAGAGGCACGACACAACGCCCUCUAUCCUCAAGCGACCACUGCCAGAACCCUCCAACACCGAAGAGCCCCAGGCCAAGCGACAGAAGUCUGACGAUGACUCCAAGGCGCUCUGCAUCGCGGACAAAGUCAGCCAGGACUCCUACAAACUUCUUGACCAGCUUGUUCUGGAUCUCAAGCAGGUCAUUCAAGAUAGGGUUGCCGAGAUGCGAUCCGCCCAGUCUGCCGACGCGGCCAGCUUCGACGAGGACGCCCUGACACAAUUGAAUGACUUCCGAGACACGGCCAUGGCUUUGCACAGUCGAGAGAUGUCGUAUCCUGAAGGCGCUCCGCCGGCUGCAAAGGACGGCCCUUCGGCCCUGGACGAUGUGGCACAGGUGCCGUCGAAUGGCAGCUCUGUACUGACUCUGUUUGGCAGCGCACAACAGCCCAGGACCCUGUUCUCCAGUUUGCCCAAGAGGAUAUCAGACCCAGAACACCCUGAUGGUGCCGUCAAGCUUCUGUCCGACGUCCGAUUGCCCAACGGUCUUUCCUUGACCACUGUCCUGCCAUCGACCUCAGUUGAGAAGCCAGCCCGUGUACCUACCUUAGGCGAGCUGUUCCCAUCGCCGGCCAACCUGCCACCACUGCAACCGCCAAAGGCCCCAAAGACCACGACGAAAAGCAAGAUUCUGGGUUUCUAUCAUCCGGAACUGGCAGAACGGUCGAGAUACAGGCAGGGCUCUUACUUUUCCGCAGAGCUGACAACCGGUGCCUGGUUGGAUUAUAGCAAUGCGACACCGCCAUCCAAGAACAAGUCACGUCAACGUGAGCGCACCCUGAGUUUGGCGGGCCAGAAGCCAUCGACGGCCGACGUGGAGAUGACUGAGAUGGAAGCCCUGUUCCGUGGGGCUUUCUCUAGCUUCGCACCUGAGAAGGACGACAGUGGUGCGAUAGUCCCGUCGGGUGAAGUCGCUCGCAUCUGGUACCAACGCCAUGGACACAGGUACAUGGAGCAGAUGAUCGAGUCUGAGUUGGCAGGAGACGAGGGUGACGAUGUAAAUGACGGCAUCGCUCCUCUGCCGAUCGACGAGGACGAAAUUGCCAACAUCGUGGAGACAUGGGACGACAGCCUGAUUGACCCGGCUUUGACCAUUGAUGAUGUGCUGGGCAAGAAAUCGGACGAGGAGAAGGAAGUUGAUGAUACCCUUCAGGAAAUCUCAGACCUCAUCGAGACGCUGUCUUCCUACCAAAGGAAUCGCAACAUGACACUGCCGACCAGCCAGAACCGGAGCUCGGCUGAUCCUGCCAAGGCUGACAUGCUCAAUGGACCGCUGGCUCAGGAGCCCACCGACGAGGAACGGGAUACUUACCAGAUUUUGAAGGACCAGCUGGCUCUGAUUAUUCAGGCGCUGCCGCCUUACGCCGUGGCUCGCUUGAACUCGGACAGGCUCGAGGAGCUGAAUGUCAGCACAAAGCUCGAAGUCCGCAGUGAUGUUUUCAGGGGCAUUUUGGACGAGGAGUCGGCAUCAGCUAGACACCGACACCACCAACAAGCUGCGCAGGCGGCCCAAACUCCUCGGCAGCCGCAACGGACGCCAAGUUUCCACAGCACUACGCCGUACCAAGGUCAACCGUACAAUCGCCCGUACCAGACACAGAACCAGACCCCGGUUCCGAUACCCAACCAUUAUCAACAGUCGCCGGCGCGGCCGCCGAUUCCUCCAAAUUUCCCGCGGCAAGUGUCUGCCCCCAUGGCAGGCAUGACGCCGCAGCAACAUCGGCCAGUCGCGGGACAACCUUUUGCACGACCCAAUGGAUACACUCCGCAGACUAUGCAGCAGCCGAGGCCGUACGGCACCCCGACAGGUGUUCCUCAGUUCCAAGGCAGUCCCGGCCAGCCACGGAUGGCGACCGGCUACCCGGGAGCACCUCAGCCCGGUACCCCGGGACAGAGAUAUCCGUCAGGCUAUGCGGGAUACAACGGGCAGCAGCCGCAGCCGGGAAUGCAGCCUCAGUACCAUCAGCAGCCAGCUAAUUAUGCUCCCCACAUGAAUGGUGCAGGCUCGAUUCCGCCGCGGACCAUGUCACCACAGGUGCCUCAGUACCAAGCUGGGCAGAACUACUCACCACGCCCCGGACAGCAACCGAUGCCUCGAGGGCAACCUUACGGUACCCCAGGCCAACCAGGUGGACACCCGGGCGUUCCUCGCUACCCUUCCAACGGAGUUCAACAAAACCCUCCACACAGCCCUGCGCCUGGUAGUGGGCAAGGCGGAUGGGCCAACCCCAUGUCUCCGCAGCGGCAAUACGAACAACAGCUGCAGGCUAGGAAUCAGGCGGCCGCGCGCAUGAAUGCGUUCAGCGACAAGAUACAGAACCAUAGCGUAGCGGGCCUGGGAGGCAUCGGCCUGGGAGGCACGCCGGCUCAUAUGAGGACCAACAUUCCCGGAGCGGUGGGCCAAUCGUCGCCGAGUCCUCGGCCAGUCUCUGCCGCAGGAGGCAUGAACGGUGUGCCACAGCCGUCGCCAAGCCCGGCCUCAGUGCCAGGCGCGACUCCGUCUCCAGCACCGGCAACGGCCAUGCAGCCCCAGGCGCCGGCGUAG